AUGACACCACUUGAGGCCUUGUAUGGGCAGAGGUGUAGGACUCUUUCGUGCUGGAAUGAGAAAGAAGAGGCUACUCUGUGUGCACCAGAUAUGAUUCAGAAGCAGAAUGAACAGAUCAAGAUGAUCAGGGAAAAGAUGAAGGCUGCACAGGAUAGGCAGAAGAGUUACUAUGAUAAGAGGAGGAAGCAUUUGGAGUUCCAGGUGGGUGACCAUGUGUUUUUUAGGGUCUUACCUGUGAUUGAAGUUAGGAGAGCUCUGAAAUUUCAAAAGCUAUCUCCUAAGUUCAUUGAGCCGUUCAAAGUACUGAGUAGAAUUGGUCCUGUUGUGUACCGGAUAAUGUUGCCUCCGAAUCUCUCAAACCUACAUCCGGUGUUCCAUGUGUCACAGCUUAGGAAGUAUGUGCCAGAUCCUUACCACGUGAUUGACCUUGACCUGGUUCAAGUGAAAGAAGACUUAUCCUAUAAUGUGUACCUGGUGAGGAUUACGGAUCACCGUAUUAAGCAAUUGAGGGGCAAGGAGAUCUCAUUGGUGAAGGUAAUAUGGAGCUCAAGUGAUGAGGGAGAUGCAAUAUGGGAAACGGAGAGUAGAAUGAGAGAGUUGUAUCUGGAGUUGUUUAUGUAA